CGUCUUCUCCAUUUUUAAUUUACAUCUCUCUGUCAUCUUCCACUGGCACUGCAGAGAGAAAGAGAAAGGGAGAGAGAGAGAGAGAGAGAGAGUAAUGGAACUGAGCUAGAAGUCCAAAGCGACCUUCAAACUAAACCUCUCUAGGGUUCGAUCGUCGGCUUCAUAAUCACACAACACUUGUUUUGAAUGAUGCCAUCGGAACCAGAAAAUGUAGACCAACAAGUAGCUGAUGGGGCGAAGUAUUUGCUUCAAUCGACUAAAUUCUCUGAGCCUUGGUGGCAUGGAGUUGGGAACAAUACCAUUGCAGGUGAAGAUGCUGCCAAAACAUCUUCUGCAGAAUACCUGAAUGUUACCGUUGCCAGUGGAGCAACGCAGCCACAAGCAAAUGAUGAAAAUAUUGGGAAAGAAGUCCAGCAUCUCAAGUAUAUUCCGUUUUCUACAUCCCCACCGGUGGGUGAACACCUUGACCUAAAUUCCCAGAUGGAACUUGUUGGCCACUCAAUUGUUUUGACAUCAUAUCCUUUUUCAGAUGCACAAUAUUGUCAAAUGCUGACUUCUUAUGGACCACAAGCAACGUUACCUCGUAUUUAUGGACUUCACCAUGCUAGGAUGCCUUUACCCCUUGAAAUGGAAGAAGAGCCUGUUUAUGUAAACGCAAAGCAGUAUCAUGGUAUCUUGAGGAGAAGACAGUCCCGUGCCAAAGCUGAGCUUGAGAAGAAAGUGAUAAAAAGUAGAAAGCCAUAUCUUCAUGAAUCCAGACACCUCCAUGCUAUGAGACGAGCAAGAGGCAGUGGAGGACGAUUCCUCAAUACCAAAAAGCCCAACAAUGUUAUGUCCAAUACAAACAGGGAGGAAGACAUCGAUUCUGUUGCAAACCAUUCAACAAAGCCGGUCAGCGAGGCGGUAUCGAAGUACAUGGUGACCAAUGAAAAAGGAAUCAAGAAUACACUCGAUGAGCAGAGCAGAGAGUUCAUGACACAAAAUAUGCAGAUAACACACGCUUUCUUCAAUGGAAAAUCUAAUGUCCAUGGUUUAUCCACAUACAGUUCACAACUUGGUGAUGUCGAGGGAGGACAUCUCGAUCAGCCACAUGAAAGUAUGCAAGUGAAUGGGGCUCCACAGAGGGCCAUCCCCAUCAAAUGAAAGUUUCUUGAUGGGGAAUGGGGCUUCUCCAACACUGUUUAACCAGUUUCUAGAGCAGAAAACUUGAAUACACUCAGUAAAGUAUUGAGUGUUGAUUCUUGUGAGGAGGCUCUGUUAGUGGUUGGAAGCUGAUGGAUUUGCCCUCUUUCUGCUUGGAAGAAAACUGCCUUUUUGGUGGUGUUUCUCAGGCAAUUCAUUCUUGGCUUUAGUUUGUACUCUGAGGUGAGAUUGGAAGAAGAUGAAGAAACGCAGUGCACCAAGAAAAUAUGGUACAUUCACUGCCUAUUUCUUUCCUCUUCAAUUUACCUCUUCUAUUACUUAUGUAGUUCUUAUCAUGAAUGUCUGUCUCAUAAAAACAAUAAAAAAAUUUAAAAAAAAAUGUAAGGUUGAAGACUUUUUAGGUUAAUUUAGGUGCAAUUGGGUGUUGUAUCUAUUCAACUUUGUGUGCAUGUUUCAGUUGAUAUAUAUUUUCAAGAUUGGUGGACUUGCAAGACAUUUAAUGUGGAAUCUCUCUUUCACCUUUCCUGA